AUGGACGCGAGAGGCGUUGACUGUGACAUCUCAUAUCAUGAAGAUGGCCUUUAUACAAUUUGUUUUGGCACGGCGUGUUGGACUGUGUAUGUGGAUGGUCUUGAAUCACCAUAUUCUCUCACCUACCGAGUGUCCAACAACAAUGAUCCUAUGUUUGGCCAGAAUGUAGAUGCAGUCCUAGAGUGGUAUGAUUAUGAUAUGAAAUGA